CAAACAAUAUUUUAUUCCCCAACCAGUGGUUUUCAUAUUUUACUUUAUGAUUUAUUCGAUCGAAGUAAAUCUAUCGUUUCUAGAUCACCACUUUUAAUCAAAAUAUAUUUUUAAUGAUUUCGUCACUCAUGAAAUGUGAAACAAAAUGAGUGAAAGAUCUAUUGCGUCACGUCCAAGCUUAGAACAAGUUGUGGCCAUUGUAGAUUUUAUGGAAAAGCACAAGUCAUUAGCUCUUGGAAAAUUGAGAGGUCUGGAGGGGCGAGAUGAAAGUAAGAAGCUAUGGUUUAAACUUACAAGGAUUGUAAAUAAUAUCUCCGGACCCACACGUCCUAUGAAAUCUUGGAUCAAAUACUGGGCUGACAAAAAGUCGACAGUGAGAUCAAAAGUUGUAUCUGGUGGGAGUGAUCCAAAUAUUCUGUGCUCUAAUAUUGAGAAGAAAAUAUGGGAUUUGUUCUUAACUACUAAAGACGGAUCUAAGAGCCGCAGUAACUCUGUGAAGUUGGAACCACAUUUCACUGAAGAACCAUUCUUCAACGACGACGAAAUAGAUCAGGACGAUGAUGAUCCAGUUCUUAACUUUGACGAGCCAGCACUCGAUUUUGAAGAACGCCAGAUGGUCGUUAUGGAGAAGCUGGUAAAAGUGAUGACUGAACAAGCCACUGCCAUGACUCAACUGGCACACGCGUCGCAAGUCAACGCUCAGGCCAUGGAGCGGUUGGCAGACGCAUCACAGAUACAAGCUCGGGCGGUAGAGCGUCUGUCGAACACAUUCGAAUCGAUUGGAGCAUCGACGCACGACGUACGCAAUGCGUUGGUCGAAAUCGAUUCCACCAUGAAGCGAUUCUACAACACUACGCCCACAUAGCAUAGGUAUAUUUAAUUAUGCAUGAACGAACGUGUGAGCGAAUGGACUCAAAUGAGGAACGUUUGAGUGAACUAUUUUAAGAAUAAACGAAUUACCUAGAAUACGAAUAAAAUAUGCUUUAAGAAAAGGAAUGCUCCAUAACAUCAGCAAAACAGUGCAUUUUAUUUUUGUAAGCCUACGGAAAUUUACAUGUUUUUAAUUAAUUUUCAUAACUAGGUACUCUAUAGUUCGAAGUCAGCUCAAUCACGUGAUUUUAUUAAAACUGAAAGACUUGUUAGUUAACGUUGUUUCGAGUUUUUGACGUUUGAAUAAGAAACUGUUUAGGAAUUACCUAAACAGUUAGAAGUUACUAUUGUGUAGUAUUAUUGUGGCAAAAUAAAAGUAUAUAGGUUAUUGGGUUUGCUGACUAAAAAUAAGUACCAGCUUGAAGUUAAGAAAUUGGCGUCACCCAACCCGUGCCUCGGAGAGCACGUUAAACCGUCGGUGUCUGUUAUGAUGACAACACAAACUUGUGAUAAAAAUUAAACGUUUUGGAACACGUGGAUGCUCUAA